GGGCUUUUUCUUUAGUCUCUUUCUCUUCGCUUCCCCACAAAUGACCAUUUCGGUGGUUUCGCCUAUAUCGACAAGCAGAGGUCAACACAAUAAGGCAGCUCCAUUUUGGUACGGAGGGGCUGCCUCAUGCGUAGCCACUCUGGUAUCCCACCCUUUCGACCUGACUAAAGUGAGAUUACAAACCGUCAAGGGGUCUGGCGCUUCUGGAAUGCUGACGACAAUGGUGUACAUUGUCCGCAACGAGGGCAUUCUUGGCGUAUACAAUGGUUUGUCGGCUAGUUUACUCAGACAAGGAACGUAUUCAACCGUCCGGUUUGGUCUAUAUGAUCAGUUCAAAGCUUGGGUUGCCAAGGAUGAGAAGCCUACGUUCUGGCAAUUGCUUUUUUGUUCGACUUCCGCGGGAGCACUUGGAGGCGCUUUCGGUAACCCAAGUGAUGUCGUGAACGUCAGAAUGCAGAAUGAUGGUCAGCUGCCCCCGGCCAUGCGACGAAAUUAUCGGAAUGCUAUCGACGGACUAAUACGAAUCUGUCGUGAGGAAAACCCCAGAGUGUUAGCUCGAGGCAUCGGCCCCAACAUGAACCGUGCGAUUCUCAUGACAUGUUCUCAACUGACAAGUUACGACGCAUUUAAGCAAUUUUUACUGGACCAGUUGAAUUUAAAGGACGGAUUUAUGGUCCACUUGGAGGCGAGCAUUUUUGCCGGUUUGGUGGCUACCACCGUGUGUUCGCCGCUCGAUGUAGUGAAAACGAGAAUAAUGAGCGCAAACAAGCAUCGACAUCAGACUUUGGUCAAGCAUUUAGUGGAUAUUGCAAAAAUCGAAGGUGUCCGUGCUCUGUUCAAAGGAUGGACUCCAGCCUUCCUUAGGCUUGGCCCUCAUACUAUUGUCACCUUCCUGGUGCUGGAGGAACUGAAGCGUUGGCAUUCAUCUUUCGUCGGUACAACUCCACCAUCCGCUUCGCUAACCACUACAUAAGCACCACCAAUAUU